AUGCUGACAGAAGAGAUGAAGCUGUGGCAUGGCUUAGUGAUUGCAGUGUUGUCCCUCUUCCUCCAGAUCUGUCUAAUCAUGGCCCUCAAUUACCUGCUCAGCAGGAACAUAGCCCACCAGAGUGAACGGAUACUGAAAGAAGCCAGACUUCAGGUCCGGGAGCCUAGUUCUGCUCCCCAUCCCUUCCCUGUGGCCAAAGAGACUUGGAAAGAGCCUGCUCCCCAAUACAGGCAUGAGAGCAACACGUCCUCAGACAGCUCCAUCAGCUCUGUCAGCUUGAACGACCCUGCCACUUUGCCUUCCACCUUCCAGGCCAUCAAGGAGGUGAAUUACACACCAGUGGUCUUUUCAGCCCCUGAAUCUGUCCUGGACUAUGAGAACAUCAAGGAAGCUACAGAUUAUGUCAAUGUCAAUCCAGAAAAACCCAAGCCCAAAAUCUGGACUUCUGUGAAUGCUUCUUUCAUGGAUCCAGUGGAAUACACUCAAGUGGCUGUGUGA